GGCAUGGACGGGAAGAAAUGCAGCGUGUGGAUGUUUCUACCUCUUGUAUUCACUUUGUUCACUUCAGCUGGCUUGUGGAUAGUGUACUUUAUAGCUGUGGAAGAUGACAAAAUUUUGCCAUUAAAUUCAGCUGCAAGGAAAUCUGGUGCGAAGCAUGCCCCGUACAUCAGUUUUGCAGGCGACGAUCCUCCUGCGAGCUGUGUGUUCAGUCAAGUCAUGAACAUGGCCGCCUUCCUAGCCCUUGUGGUAGCUGUUCUGCGCUUCAUCCAGCUGAAACCAAAGGUUCUAAACCCAUGGCUGAAUAUUAGUGGAUUGGUGGCGCUGUGUCUGGCUUCCUUUGGAAUGACCUUACUUGGUAAUUUCCAGCUCACAAAUGAUGAAGAAAUCCAUAAUGUGGGAACAUCUUUGACCUUUGGGUUUGGCACAUUGACCUGCUGGAUACAGGCUGCAUUGACACUCAAAGUCAAUAUCAAGAAUGAAGGACGGAGAGUUGGAAUUCCACGAGUCAUCCUGUCAGCUGUUAUCACUCUCUGUGUAGUCCUGUACUUCAUCCUCAUGGCCCAAGAUAUCCACAUGUAUGCAGCCAGGGUCCAAUGGGGCCUGGUCAUGUGCUUCCUAUCAUACUUCGGUACCCUGGCUGUGGAGUUCCGGCACUACCGCUAUGAGAUUGUGUGCUCCGAGUACCAGGAGAACUUCCUGAGCUUCUCAGAGAGCCUGUCAGAAGCUUCUGAAUAUCAAACCGACCAGGUGUAA